GAUUUUGAUUAUCGUCCAAGUAUCGUGGAGACAGCAGCAGCAACAAGGGGAACAGCCAUGAAGGUUUUCGAAAUCUCCAGCGGGAACACUCUGUCCUUUGCCCUCUUCACCGACGUCACCAAUUCCAAGGAACUUUUAGCUUCUAUGCAAGCUGGUACAUUAGAACCAGAAGUCGCUCUUCUUAAUGCCUCACUUAUCUCAGAUGUUUUCCCUGUUCUAGCUGCUGCACAUAAGACCCUCUUGUCAAAGUCACGGGGUUCACUCACGACCCGUACCCUCCACUCUGAGCUUGUUUACAAUUACUCAGGAUCCAAGCAUAUCACAGAAUCCCUGAAGAGAUGUGGCAUCUCAGACAGCUCAACUUAUGUACUUGCUGCCCGUUUUAAUGCUUCACCAGAGGAGAUGGAAGCAAUCGGGAAGAUGAUAAAUGGAACCGAAAUUCAAUUGGACGAAUUGGAAGCAAAAGCAGACAAAGCACAGAUUCAGAAGCAUUAUAAGGUAUCGGGCUUGGAACUAGGAAUAUCUUCCCUUGCAGAUGCAAUCACCUGCCGAAUUGCAGCUAGGGAUGCCCUGUGACAAGGUCAGUACCCUUGCAUUAAAGACCAAGCGAGGAAGUGUAUUAGUAGCGAGGACGACACAUUGUUGGAACGCGUCAUUUUUCUGUCGACUCAAUUGCCGAAGACAACCUUCGGAUGCCAUGGAAGACCUUCGUGCCCUCCACAUUCGAUUUACUAUUGUCGUGUAACAAUUUUAUCCCGUAAGCUAAAGUGAAUGUAGCAGAAAUGUAUAUGUUCAUGGUCUUGGACAAUUUUCCAAGUGAACUUGCAUGUCCAACCGCUAUAUUAAUUUGAGCUUAUAUGUUCGUGUUCAGGAUCUA